AUGGGAAAUUCAAACAAGACAUCCCCAAGUCGUCUCGAUAAGAAAACGGAGGUCAUACAUCGGCUCGACUCUUCGAACGAAUGGACACUCACUGAUCAGUUGAGUGGCGUGUUCUGUGGAUAUGAGUAUUCGCUAGACUAUUAUGUCGGAUUUGAGAAGAGUAAGAAAGCAAGAUACUCAAAUUCCAUCAUGAGAAGCAGCAAAAACCAGCUUCUACUUCCACAGCAGGCAAGCAAAAUUAUUUUGCAAAUUCAACCUUAUUCAUGUCGACUUUCCGAUGCACCAUCAACCACACCCAACGAUUGUGAUUCUUCUUCUAGCCGACAGAAUUCUGAUCAUGAUAAAUAUAAUGCAGCAACAACCUAUGCAUUCUAUGUUGGGAAAGAUGAAGUUCUAUGCACUGUAACGAAAAACAACAACACCAAUAUUUGUUCUACCCUAGCAGCACAAUCAGCAACUCCACUCUCUAAUUCGUGUCACUGCCAUGUUGAUGCUCUUGUAUAUAGUAAACUCAUUGAGCACGUAAGCUGCAAUAUAUUCCUCCUCCGACUCUCACCAACCACCUCUUCUACUUGGGGGAACAACCCUCAAAAAUCUCUAAAGAAAAUUCAAUUAUGUAAAUAUUCAUGCACUCACGAAGACACCACUGGUAAAGGGGAAGAGACGGUAAUUGCAACGUUUGAAAGAGAAGACUCACCGAGUAUGAUUGGAGCGAGUUCUUUCAUUUGUAUAUACAAGCAACGAAGGAGUGGAGAGUCUGAGGUAUUGUGUGAAGAUUUAAAGUCUGCUUUUAUGAAUUUUGUGUUGAGAUAUACCGAGGAAAUAUUUAAGCAUGAAUAUUUGCAUCAAAACACUACACAUGUUUCAGAGCGAUGA